UUAUCUAUCAACAAGACAAAAGCAAGCACAAGCUUAAGAUCUUGAUAUCAGAUUGCAGUAUUUUUAUUUUUAAGUAAUUGAUAUCUCUUCAAAACUUUGAAAGUGUAUUUUUACAGUUGCACAGUUCGCUUCUUCGUCGUGACUGCUUUACAGACCUCAUAAGUGUAGCAUCAUGAAUUUUUUAAAGACUAGAAGGUCAAAGAAAGCCCAAGUCUUGGUGCAAUACCCGUGUGAUUUGCAGCUUUACAAAACACCCCCUACCGAAGAAAUAUCUUUAACCGACUUUGAUAAAUAUGCUAUCAACAGGCUAAAAGUUUUAAGAGCCAUGGAGCAACUAACUCUCAAGAGAACUGCUUCAACGAAUGAUGAGUUAAAGACAGCAUUAGUCGCUGAGCUGAAAAAACAAGGUCUUAAUGGUUACGCCAAACUUAUUCAAGGCAACCUUGGUGAUUCUGAAGAUGAUAUUCUGAUGAGGAGGGAAGAUAUUGCCUCCCACUUCAUUUUAAGGCUGGUCUACUGCCGCACAGAAGAUUUGAGAAGAUGGUUAUUACUCCGCGAACUAGAUCUUUUCAAACUGAGAUGGCAUUGUCUAGCCCCUGCCAAAAGGAAACAGUUCCUCGAACUUAACAAUCUUGACUAUUCUGUGAUUUCAGAUGAAGACCGGAACGAGGCGAUAAUGAAAUCAAAGGGAUUGGUAAAGCAUAACACUGAUUACUACAAGGUGCACUGGUCAGAAGUUUGUGAUCUUGUAAGAAGUCGCAAAGUUUUUCUAAUGGAUGGCUUUGCCUUUAUAACUUCUUCAGAAAUUAUCUCGGUUCUCACCAGUCACUUUCGCAGUCACUUGGCCCAUUGUUUGAGCAUUGCAGCUCGGAAAAUAGACAAUAUUGAUGAUGAUACUAGACUUCAUCCCACUUUACAUAAUUUACACAAUGCUUAUGCUGGAGAGUCGUACGCGAAAACUACCUCAACGGAUCAAAUCUCACUUGAAAGUCUUGAAGCUUUAUCGCGGAAAUCAUUCCCAUUGUGCAUGCAACAGUUGCAUAGAACUUUGCGCUCCGAGCACCACUUGCGUCAUGGAGCUAGACAGCAAUAUAGUUUAUUUUUGAAAGGUAUCGGACUAUCGCUCGAAGAUGCUAUGACUUUUUGGCGUUCGGAGUUUACGAAAAAAAUGGACGUGGAUAAGUUUGACAAAAAUUAUGCCUACAACAUCAGGCACAACUACGGACAAGAGGGCAAACGAACUAACUACACCCCAUACAGUUGUAACAAAAUUAUAAUGAGUUCUGUCGGAGCGGGUGACCAACAUGGAUGUCCUUUUAGGCACAAUGAUCAAGCCUCAUUGAAAUCUUUAUUGCAAACGAAUGGUGUCUCCUCAGCUGAUAUAAGUGAAAUGAUGGAGUUGGUGAGCAAGAACAAUUACCAGAUGGCGUGCACCAAGUAUUUCGAACUCAAACAUGGGAGAGAGUUGUUGGACGCCAUCAGACACCCUAAUCAGUAUUUCAGUGAAAGUGUAAAAACGCCAGCAGGAAAUGUUGCAAUUGCACAAACUACCGCUAAUCAAAAAGGUGCUAAAGGAGAAAAUAAAGAUCCCAAUAAAAUGGACACUGGAGACGAUUUGUGGGAUGAAAGUGGUUUUGACUUUGAAGCCCUGGAUGCCAAAGUUGAGGCAUCAAAUGGAAAAGUUUAAGUGUUCUCUCUUACAGUUUGUAAGGUCUCUGUACAUGCAUAUUUGCUCUGUGAGACAAACUGCAGAAAAACUUCAUUGGAUUUCCUUUGCAAGCGUGUAUGUAAAACAGAAAUCAGGAUCAAUUUUGUCGGUUUUCAUCCAUCCUAUAUCAGCGUACAAAUAUCGUAAGUACACAGCGAGAGUGGAAGGUAAAACUUUUAUAAAAGUGAAACUAAAUUUUUCUGACCUCAAACUUUGAACCGCUCUCGAACAACGAAACGCAGCAAACAACGAAAAAUUAACCGCUCAAAAUAACAUAAAAAAAAAAACUAAAAUCGAUCUGAUAAAAUCAAAUGGUGGUAUGACUCUUUCAGCCAAUGUUGGAUUUCAAUGUUUUCUUAACUAAUCUCCUUUGGAAAGUGCCCUCUUUAGGCCUAAUGCAUGUUGUAAAAAUAUAUUUUUCCUCUGAAUAUUUUCCUUAAAACUGUACAUUUCAUUGUUGAAGUCUCUCUGUACCUGCGUAAUUUUAUACUUGAAAAGUUUCUCUGCUAAAAAGUUCACGAACCACAAACUGUACGUAUAACUUAGUAUAUCUUGGCAACUGAGUGAUUCAAAAGCUGUCUUGUUUUGUAUUCUCUGAAUAUUUUUAGUAUUAUCCCUUGAAUUUUCAUAAAAAUAAUUAUUUUGUAAGCGUUUCAAUUUUAACAGAAUUAUUGUAAGAUCUUAGUGCUCUCUUCCUGAAACACCUCUCAAUUAUUUUAAAUCAAAAAUUUUGUCCUCACCACAAAUAUGAUUGUAUGAUCCCCCUAAUUUGUGAUAAGUUGUUAAACAACUGUACAGUAUCCUACAUCUUUUUUCAUUGUAAAAUUAAAUUUUUUUAAGAAGA